AUGACCUCCAUCCAGAGGCAUGAGCUCCAGGCUCUGGUCAAGCUGGUCAACAGCAACCAGUUGCUUAAUCGUCAACUUUCCAGCAUCUGCCAGCUCAACGGUCUCACUAGCAGCGGGGUUAAGGCGUCGCUGCAGAGUCGCAUCGUUAAUGCUAUCCAAGAGGCCUUCAACAACAACGAUGCUACACGCUUUCAGCAAAUUCAACGGAGCAUCGAGACCACGCGAACCGGGGCUUCCUCUUCUCCUGCCUCCCAUAAACCCGCACGCCCUUCCGCGCCCGCACAACCCGUCGUGAUGCGAUCAGAUCCAUACUGGAACCAGCGCAGUAAUGGCCGUCCCACGGGGCUGAAUGGCCACUCGAUGCACAGCUUUGGGGCCACAAUCGGCCCAAGAUUCAAGGAUACUCCCUUCUAUGCACUCCAGCACCGGGUCGGCGACGUUAAGGUCUGCGAGACUAUGAGCCAACACAGAAAUAUGGUUUCCGUCCCGGUCAAGUUGAGCGAUUGCCCAGGAGUGAACAAAGUUCUCGAGGACAAGUCAUACCGUGUAAUGGUGUUUUGCGCCGACAGCAAUAGCAACAGUGAUCUCCAAGACAUUACCUUUCCUCAUCAGUCGGAGAUCAAGGUCAACGGAAACGAGGUCAAGGCCAACUUGAGAGGCUUGAAGAACAAGCCGGGGUCAACGCGACCGGUGGACGUCACGAGUUAUCUACGUCUGAAAAACGACAACCGGAAUCUCGUCGAGUUCACCUACGCCUUGACACAGAAGAAAUUUUUCCUCGUCCUUUACGUUUGCAAGAUCACGUCGGCUCAAGAGCUCGCUGAGCGGAUCAAAACUGGGAAGAAGAUUCCUAAGCAGUCGGUCAUCCAGGAAAUCAGCAAGAAGGCAGCAGAUACGGACAUCGUCACAACAUCGCAAGUAUUGUCUCUGAAAUGCCCACUAUCUUACAUGCGACUCGACGUUCCGUGUCGCUCUACAUUCUGCUCGCAUAUCCAGUGCUUCGAUGCUACUUCGUACCUUCAGUUGCAGGAGCAAGGCCCUCAAUGGCUGUGUCCUAUCUGCAACAAGUCCGCACCGUUCGACCAACUUGCGGUUGACGAAUACGUCAAGGAGAUUUUGGCCAAUACGUCCAAGUCAUUGGAUCAAGUCACGAUCGAGCCUGAUGGACAAUGGCGGGUCAAUUCGUCGCAAGACGAUCAGUCUGCCAACGGUGGGAACGGCUCCGUUGAUGACGAUGACGAUGACGACUUCAUCAUCUCGGAAGUCAGCGUCAUUCGUGGUCGCAACCUCGAGACGCCCGUUCGAUCAGUUGCUAGUACGGCGACACCGACCACAACCAUCAUGUCGCGCGAAAGCUCAACGAUGCCUCGGGGUCUCGGCUCCACGAGUGCGAAGAGGCCUCACUCCGAUAGGGUGACAAUAGAUCUCACGCUUUCUGAUGAUGACGAACCCCUCCAACCACCCCCAAAGCGGCAGCAGCUUCAACCACCGGCGGCGAACAGUUACAGCAACAGCUACAAUGGCCAGCUGUUCUGA